AAGUUUUACGUAAAAAAGUUAACCAGUUUCAUGAAAAUUGACGGAGGAUGCUGACUUGCGCGUAGCGAUACCAUAGCUUCUUGGAUCAUGGAUUAACUAAAUGGCAGUCGACCUCCGUUAUUAAGAGUUUUCCUGUAAGUUUUGUGUCGCAGUGAAUAUCGAUUGGGGUAACGCAUUACCCCAGUAAACAAUUAAAGUUGGAGAAUUGUCUCGAAAAUGUCCUCUCGCUACCAAGCGCGCAGCGUGACUGCUGUAUCAAAAACUUUGAUUCAAGUAGAGCAAAGCUUGGCAAACGACCAACCGUCAGAUGACGAGGAAAAUAAUGAGGAAGCAUACACUGAUGCUGAAUCGGAGGAAGACGCUGACGAUUCAACAUUUGAAACACCAACAGAAGUUGGUUAUCAAGAAGAGUCCGAGACUGAGGAUGCGGAUAUUGAUGGACCAUCACCCAGUAAGCGAGGAAGACCCGCUUCCCAUACAACACAUGUCUCUUCACAAGACCGUAAACCGAGUUUCGUCACUGGAAAGGAUGGCCACCAAUGGUGCACCACAGCGCAAGAGGGGUCUUUACAUGAUCUGAAAAAUGUGACGACGUAUUUGCCAGGACCCAUCGGAGAAGCAAGAACAGUUAGGAGUCCUCUCGAUGCAUGGUCUCUACUUUUCACUGAUGCACUCCUGAAAAAAGUGGUUCGUCAUACCAAUGAAGAAAUUCAUCGAUGGCGUGACGAUGUCGAAUCCGAAGCUGUCUCAUUACCAACUUACAAUGACAUGAAUCUGUGCGAAUUCAAAGCAUUGAUUGGACUUCUCUACUUUUCUGGUCUACAAAAGGCAUCGAGUACAAGUUUAGAAGACUUGUGGUCCCACAAAUUUGGUUCUAUCCUCUACCGAUCCGCUAUGUCACUGAAAAGAUUUAAAUUCCUCCUGCGAAUGAUUCGCUUUGAUGACAAGUCAACGAGGGCUGCGCGCCGCGAAACGGACAAGUUGGCCCCAAUCCGUGAGAUAUGGGAGGAAUUCAUUUCUAACUGUACGCGGUAUUAUUCACCAUCCUCGUACUGCACCAUUGAUGAGCAAUUGCUCUCCUUUUCAGGACGAUGUGCUUUCAAAGUCCACAAUCGCGCUAAGCCGGACAAACACGGUAUGAAAAUUGUCAUGCUCAAUGACUCGCAGACAUUUUAUAUGCACACUGCGGAACCGUAUGUGGGGACAGUAGAGAAAGAAGAUGCAGAAAGCGUACCAUCUUAUUACAUCCGCAAGUUGUCGGAACCGCUGCAUGGAACCGGGCGCAACAUCACAUGUGACAACAGGUUCUCAUCUGUGGACAUUUUUGACACAAUGCUCUCAAAAUACUCCAUGACGAUGGUCGGCGCAAUCCGGAAAAAUGAACGGCAAAUUCCAGACAGCUUCAAGAGCGCAGCGCCUAUAAAUUCCUCGACAUUUCUCUUCGAUGAAACGAAGACUCUGGUGAAAUAUACACCAAGGAAAAACAAAUUCGUCCUGGUCAUGUCCUCCUUUCACUUCAUUAAAGAAGCAGAUCAGGAUAUGGAGAAACCAGCUAUCGUAUUAUUUUAUGAUAAUACAAAAGGAGGCACUGAUUUUUUCGACCACAUGUGUCACGAAUACAGCACAGCAAGGAAGACUCUUCGAUGGCCUCUACGUUUCUGGUUUGGAAUGCUCGAUCAGGGAGGAAUUAACGCGAUGGUCUUGCACAAUUUCAAUGGUGCGAACGCAAAUCUGAUUCAGCGAGAAUUUCUGAAAGGACUUGUAAGUGGACUGAUCGAACCACAAUUACGGGUACGGGUCGCUAUUUCGACACUUCGUCGGGAUUUGCGGGUGUCAAUCGAGACCAUCCUCGAAGAACAGGCACCUCCGCCAAGGAGUGCUCCAGCAGACAAAAAAGUGGCGCGGUGUGUUCUGUGUCCUCGAGUCGCGGACAGAAAAGUGAGAACUUACUGUGAACGGUGUCAUCGUCCAGCUUGUGAGGAGCACAGGGUUGUUGUGUGCUCUAAUUGCUCCGUUGUAGAAUAAUGGACAUUUUAAAGUAUUAUUUAACUCUCAAAGUGCAUGCAUGGCCAAAAUCACGGUAAAGUGCAUCGUGGGUAUUACAGACCCUAGCGUAUUUAAUCAUGUAUUGCUUAACCCCUAUUGAAUAUUUUGUCAUAAUAAAAUUAUCUGAUAUAGUUUAAGGUAUCUUUUGUAAGAAAGAGUGGAUUUUAUAGCCAUUUGUUUACUUUAAGGUUGUUAAAAAAAUUAUUGAAAAAAGUGAAAAAAAUGGGGGUUUUACUUUAAAAAAAUUUAUGACUAUACUUUUGAAAUGUGCACUUUCAUAAAA